AUGGGUGAUAGAGCCAGAAGUCGGUCCCCGAACCGGCGAGAUGGUGAUCGACGUCCCAAGAAGUCUGGGGGCUUUCGAUGGAAGGAGAAGCGUCGCGACGAUGAUUCCCGCGGCGAUGAGCGACGACUAGACCGUGGAUACCGAGACCGAGACGAGCGCCCAAGAUCCCCCCGCCGAGACCGUGAUGGCGACCGCUACGGGGAUCGCAACCAAGAUCAGGGCCGUGACCGUGACCGCGCCGACCGCGACCGCGACCAACGACGGGACGAGCGUGAUACACCACGGGAAGAUCGUGCAGAGAAGAAAGAGAAGAAAGAGAAGAAGAAAAAGAAGCCUGUUGUGCCACAGUCCUCAGAACCCAUGAUUAUUGUCUAUGUGAAUGAUCGGUUGGGUACCAAAGCUGAGAUCCCCUGUUUGGCCUCAGAUCCAAUCAAGCUCUUCAAAGCCCAGGUGGCUGCCCGAAUUGGUCGAGAACCACAUGAGAUCCUAUUGAAACGCCAAGGCGAACGCCCUUUCAAGGAUCAGCUGACACUGGAAGACUAUGGAGUGAGCAAUGGGGUACAACUUGACUUGGAGGUUGGAACAGGAGACUAA